AUGGCAGUAACUGGGCAUAUCGAUAUGCUUGAAGCUGAGCUUGAUGCACAUGACUGGCCAAAUGUGAAAGAAAAGGCUGCCAAUGUGCUCAGAACAGUCAAACACCAGGCUAUGUCUGGUGGCAAACAAAUUGCUGACUUGGCCAUGACAGGAAAGGAGAAAGGGAAGACUCUUGCAGUAUCAGCUAAAAACAAGGUCAAUGCCAGUGCCUCCAAGGUCAAGGCAGGAAUGGCAAAAGGGAAGAUUCUCACCCUAUCAGCUCCAACCAAGGCCAAGGAGGGUGCCUCCAAGGUCAAGGCAUACACCAUGGCAGGAAUGGCAAAAGGGAAGACUGAACGGGCUUACUAUGCCCUUGCACCCCCAGUACAUACACUGAUCAAAUGUAUUACUAUCUAG